AUGGCUUGGGUUACCGCCUUGACAGCGAGCUUCGGUGCCGUGCUCUAUGCUCUGGCUUACUUGGCUUCCUGGUGCUAUGGGCUGUUCAGUGUACUAGCCUCGCCAAUGUGGAUCCUAGCCCAUGCCAUCCUCUAUGUGCUCCUUUCUCCACUAAGGCUUCUAAUCAAAUUCGAGGCCAUUCUUAGCUACUUCACAGUAGCCGCAUUGAUGGGGGUAAUCCUGGGAAUAUCAAUUCAUUAUGCGUCGUCGGUUACUGUGGAGGCGAUUCAUCAAUGGUUUGGUUCACUGAAUGACCCAGCUCGCCCUAGGCGGAAUAGUUUCCAUGGACGUCUACUUGAUAAAGUCAAAAGAGGGACUUCUCCAAGCGAUUCCAACGCGACCGACGAGAAUAUGCCGGAGUGA